AUGGCAGACUCACCAAACAUCCCGGGCCCCAAGAAAGAAGGCCAGAAGCUGUACCUCUGGUCCCGUUCAAGCCAAGGCCCCGUCGGGGAGGGAGCUCCGGGUUCAACAACACCUACGACGGCAUCACCAACAUCACCAUCACCGGAGCAGGCGUCCGACCCUAAGCUCGACCCGACCGACUUCCAGAAGAACUUCCCGACGCAGGACGGUGCCGCCGCGCCGGGGUACCCGUCUAUCGGCGAGGCCGUCAAGACCAUCAAGUCGGACGACUUCCUCUCCGUCACGCAGACGCCUUGCGCGCGGGACGGGUUUCUCACCGGUAUCGCCAGCGGUGCUGGUGUUGGAGGAUUCAGAUAUGUCUUCGGAGGCUCACCCAUCAAGGCGGCAAACUGGGCCGUAGGCAGCUUCCUCGUCGGCUGCAUCGGCUCCUACGAGUACUGCCAGAUGAAGCGGCGGCAGGAGCGCGUCAAGAUGAAGCGCACCGUCGAGGUCUACCAGGAGACCAUGAUCGACAAGCGCCGCCGCGAGAUCGAGCAGCUCAAGCAGCAGGCCGAGCAGAAAAAGGCAGAGGAGGAGGCCAAGGCCGCCGGCCAGAAGUCUUGGUACAAGUUCUGGUGA